CAGUCGUCAAGUUCUACACAUCCAGGAUGUUCAAGUUUGCGGUUAUCUUCCUCGUCGCGUUGACGACGUUCGUAUUAGCAGAUGAACAUUGCAACGACUCGUGCACCAUGUAUGGCGGCGUACGAGAAACUUGCGGUUCGUGCAACGCGACCUGCGCCAAUCCAGACAUUUAUUGUUUGGAUCAAUGCGUUGAAGGAUGUUUCUGCCCUCGCGGUACAGUACAAAAUUCUACAGGCUAUUGCGUUAACUUUUCGGAAUGUUGACUUGUCAAAAAGUCGCCGAAAACUGGUGUGUAGAGAAUUCGACCGAGAAAUUUUCUCGUCCAAAAUCUGUACCACAUUAUAGUGAACAUAAAUUGUAUCGCUGAAUAAAAAACAACCAAAAAUCAA